GGUUGCUGGGAAUUGAACUUAGGACUUCUGAAAGAGCAGUCAGUGCUCUUAACUGCUGAGCCAUCUCUCCAGCCCUGCAACUUUGUUUUAUUUCAGAAGAUGGGUUCAAGUUUCCGUAGCCUCCAUUCAAUUAUUUCAGUGAUGCCGAAAGGGGUUUUAUUUUUGUUUUUUGAUAUGAGGAAGGGCCAGCAAGAUGGCUCAGCAUAUAAAGGCACCUGCCGUCCAAGUCUGAUGGCUUGAGCUUGAGCCUUGGAACCUAUAUAGUAGAGAAAACCAGUUCCACAGCAUUGUGCUCUGACCUGCACAAGUACACCCUGGUGUUCAUGUACACACACACAUUAAAAUGAUAAAUGUUUAAGUGAGAUAGGACCAGUGAGAUGACUGGUCAGUAAGUGUGUUUACCGCUAAGCCCGACAACCUGAGUUUGAACACCUGGACGUACAUGGUAGAGUUAUAGAACCAUGACACAUCUGUGAGCUGUCAUAAUGUCUCCCCAUGUGUGACGCAGCAUACUUGUACCCAGACAGACAGACAGACACACAAAAUGUUAAAAAUUCUUGUGGUUUAUUUAUGUUUGUAUAUGUGUAUGUACGUGAGUGGGUACGUGGAGUCCAGGAGCUGUAGGUAAAGGCAUUUUGCAAGAAACCUGGUUUGUUAUGUCAAUGUUGGGGUCUGAAACCUGAUCCAACACAAGGAGAUUUUUAAAAGACCUAUAUUUGAAAUUUCAGCAUACAAAAACACUUUACAACCCCUGUUUGGUUCCUAUCAACAUAGAGUGGCUCCAAGCCACCUGUGACUUGGGCUCCCAGGGGUCCAGUACUUCCAGGACCAUCUAUCUGUACUUGUGUCCAGUGUCCACACAGACACAUAAUUUGAAAUCAAUAAAAUAAUGUCUGAAUAUAGAGUUAAAAGAAUAAAAAAAAGUUAAAUAACAAUUCAGUUCCUUUUUUGCAUAGUUUAUGUAGUUUUAUAUUGUCUCUUAUGUCUUAGAGAUUAUGUUGCAUUAAUAUAUUAUGUAGUUUUUAAUAAAACAGGUUCUUUUCUCAAUAAUAGUGUCAUUAUGUUAUAUUUUAGACUUUAUUUCCAUAUAUAUUAUGUUGUUGUUGUUGUAUAUCAUCUGCUUAACCAGCAGGGCAUCCAGGUCUCUCCCUAACUCCUCUUCUUUAAUAUUCCUUAAGGUUCCUGUGGACUUGUUAUCUGUAGGUCCUCUCAGUGAUCCUCUAGUUUGUGGGUCAUGUUUCCUUUUAGGAAAUAUAGGGGAGGCAGAUUUGGCCUUUGGAGUUUAGGUUUGAAUCCCCUGCUUCUUCCCCUGACUAGCCAUGUGAUCUUGGGUGUUUGCCAUUCAGUCCUGAGUUGUAAAGGGAACCGAAUAUUCCUUUGCUUGGAGAGUUCUGUUAAGAAUGGAAUGGGUUAAAGUGCCUAACAUAGGAAGCACUGUAACGUGUUAGCUGUUUUUAUUGUAUCAUGUAUCAUCAAUUGCUCACCUGUCUGCUCCUGCUACCCCUGCUCCUGCUAAUCUCUUAAUGGUUACACCAGCCUCCAUCACUGACCUCCUCAGACCUUGGUCUCACUGGCUAUGGAAGAAGCCUCAUUCUCACUUUCAGAAUCUGCUCUUUCAAAGAGUGUUCUCCCAGUUCCCUAGUGUCUUCGGGCUUCAUUGCUGUGAGGGGACAUCAUGAUCAUGGCAGCUCUUGUAAAGGACAUUUAAUUGGGGCUAGCUUACAGUUUCAGAGGUUCAGUCCACUGUCAUCAUGACAGGAAGCAUGGCAGCAUCCAGGCAGAUGGUGCUGUAGGAGGAGCUGAGAGUUCCACAUGUUGAUCCAAAAGCAGCUAGGAGGUCCUGAUUCCACACAGGGUGGAGCUUGAACUUAAGAGACCUCAAAGCCCUCCUACGAAGUGAUGCAUUUCCUCCAACAAGGCCACACCUCCUAAGGAUUGAAACACAUGAAUCUAUGGGGGCCAAGCAUAUCCAAACUACUGCACUUAGUGACACCCCUUGAAUUGCAGCUGCCUUCUCCCCAAACAAAGCACCAGGACUCUUUGCACAGCUAGGGCAGAGGUUGUGGUGAAGCCUCCCCCACUGCCUGAAACUGUGACUUUUCUGUGUCUUUGUUGCUUAGUCAUGCAGUCACAUAGUCUGUCUUGGCCAGGACUUGCUUACACAUCCUCAUGCAGGACUUUUCCCCUUGAGGCUCAUUUGUCAUAUCUCCCUUUUCUUACCAUGAAGAAUCUGCAUCCUGAUGUGUAUGGAAUCAGGUUGUAGGUUCUUUCUCUUGAGUCCCAGGCCCCAUAUAAAUCAGGGUAUGGCUUGACAUCUGUGACUGCUAAGUCCCACAAACAUUUUAUGAUAGUCAGGAGGCCAGUGUCUCCUGAAUGCCAGAGGAUCUCAGAAGAAAAUGGACAGUUCUAGUCCAGGCAGGAUGCCCAUCAGGCUGGAGAGAUAGCUGAGGCUCACAACCAGAGCCACAAUGGAUACUGCUAGCCAUAGCCUUGUGCUUCUGCAGCAGCUGAACAUGCAGCGAGAAUUUGGCUUUCUGUGUGACUGCACAGUUGCUAUUGGGGAUGUUUACUUCAAAGCCCACAGAGCAGUACUUGCUGCUUUUUCUAACUAUUUCAAGAUGAUUUUUAUUCACCAAACAAGUGAAUGCAUAAAAAUACAACCAGCUGACAUCCAGCCUGAUAUAUUCAGCUACUUGUUGCAUAUUAUGUACACAGGAAAAGGGCCAAAACAGAUUGUGGAUCAUAGUCGUUUGGAGGAAGGGAUCCGAUUUCUUCAUGCUGACUACCUUUCUCACAUUGCAACUGAAAUGAAUCAAGUGUUCUCACCAGAGACUGUGCAGACAUCAAAUUUGUAUGGUAUUCAGAUUUCAACAACCCAGAAAACAGCUGUCAAACAGGGGCUGGAGAUCAAAGAAACUCCUCCCAGUAACAGUGGAAACAGAGCUGCUGUCCCAGGUGACCACCCCCAGCUGCAGCUCUCCCUUGCAAUUGGGCUAGAUGAUGGGGGUGCGGAGCAGCAGAGGGCCCAUCCUGCUGCCCAAGCUGUGGAGGAGCACCAGAAGCCCCCAGUGUCCAUCAAACAGGAGAGAUGUGAUCCAGAGUCUGCCAACUCCCAAAGCCACUCCUCAUCCUCAUCGGAGGUGACAGGCCCCUCUUUUACAGAAAACAGUAUCAAAGUCCACUUAUGUCAUUACUGUGGGGAGCGUUUUGAAUCACGAAGUAACCUGAGGCAGCACCUCCAUACCCAUGUGUCUGGAUCUCUCCCAUUUGGUGUCCCUGCUUCCAUUUUAGAAAGUAAUGACCUUGGUGAAGUGCAUCCACUUAGUGACAGCAGUGAGGCUCUUGAAUGCCGGAGGCUCAGCUCCUUCAUUGUCAAGGAGAAUGAGCAGCAGCAGCCACCGCCUGAGCACUCGAGCCGGGGUACCUCAGAGCCCUUACAGAUCAGUCAAGUAUCUUUGAUCUCCAAAGACACAGAGCCAGUAGAAUUAAACUGUAAUUUUUCUUUUUCAAGGAAAAGAAAAAUCAGUUGUACCAUCUGUGGUCAUAAAUUUCUUCGAAAGAGUCAGUUACUGGAACACAUGUAUACACACAAAGGUAAAUCCUACAGAUAUAACCGAUGCCAAAGGUUUGGAAAUUCAUUGGCCCAGAGGUUUCAGCAGUAUUGUGACAGCUGGCCCGAUGUCCCCUUAAAAAGCUCUCGCUUGUCACAAGAACAUUUAGACUUGCCUUGUGCCUUAGAGUCAGAGCUCACACACGCUGGCGUAGAUACCAUCCUCGUUGAGUAGCAGCUUCUCCUGUAGGAUUCUUAUACUGAUCUUGGGAGAGAGUCAUGUGCCAUUUCUAAUUGUAAAUUAGUUACCUCCUUAUGGUCUUUUGACUUAAAAUAAUCUGUUGUGUGUUUUGAGGUUGAACAUACCAGUUCUCAUUAUAAGACAUGGCUAUUAAAUAUAACUUUCAAAUUAUCCUAUGAGCUUUUCUAUAAAUCAUAAUUUGAAAAUCAGAAGUUAAUGUAGAAACUUUAGAGUGAGUCAUUAUUUAUAAAAUCUCUUGUUUUUCCAGGUUGCAGAAUAAGUAAAAUGAACUUGAAUAUGAAGCAGAUGAGAUCUGUCUUAAAGAAUAUUUUAGAGAAUGAAGCUCAUCUGUAGAGUACUUGCCUAGCAUGUGUGAGGCCCUAGGUUCAAUGUCCAGCACACACUCACAUGAGCACACACAAACACACUUCUAAACUGUCACUUGUCUUAUGUUUCAUAUGAAUUAUGCUCUUAGGAAAUGAUUUUUAAAUAUUUUCAGCCAUAUAGAAAAUCAAUAGUUAUUUUAAUGUAUAACUAUAUAUAUAUAUAUAUACAUAUAUAUAUAUAUAUAUAGGAAGUAAGUAGUUAUUUUAAUGUAUAACUAUAUAUAUUAUAAUGUAUAAAAAGUUUGUUUUGUUUUAAGACUUGGCUAUACCAAAUCACGAGUAGUUUUAACUGUACUUCUAGCAUUCCAACUUCUUACAUGGCCUUUUAUUUACUAAACAUCAAGUAUACCUCAUUUUUAAAACUAUUUCAGCUAAAAGGAAGGACUGGAGAAGUCAGUGGCGAAGAAGUCUUGAACAGAGAAACCAGUGCAUUCCCAUAAGUGGAGCACAGCUGAAGGUCUGUGUGAGCUAAGCAUGAUGUAGAUAGGCAGAUCUGCGGUGUGCUGUUGGAUACUUUCAGAUGCUAAUAGCAAGAGGCCCCCUGAGUCAAGAGGAAAUGAGAAGACACACAUCAUCUCCCUGACAUAGUGUUCCAGACUUGUCAAGGCUGUCUGGGUUGAGUGUACUCACUUCCCUUUUAUAGUGGCAAUACUUAGAAACUUAAAACUCCAGGGAAAUGGAAGUUGUUGGACUAAGUGAUGGAUUUUCUGUACCUAACAAGUAGCCCAGCAAAUUUCAUUGUUUCUGAAGUGUUGCUUAAACUUGAAGUUCUGUUCUCAAGGACCAUAAGGCAAGAGAGACUGUAGAACAGAGCCCCCCCCCCCCCCGCGCCUUCCCUACCCUAUUAAAGUCUCAGCUGACAGACAUUUGAAGAACAUUUGAGUUGGUCCUGACACACACACCCUCCUCUCAGAUUGGAAACAAGAAUCUUGCUAUGUUACCAGGUUGGCCUUAAAAUCUUGGGCACAUGCAGUUUUCUUCUUCAGCUUCCCAGGUGGCCAGGACCUUGGGGCAUGUGCCAUGUCACAGACACCUCAAUAUAUCCAUUUAAUUUUGACCCACUCCCAUACCUCAGAAGACAUUUAAGAGGUUCUACUGCCUGUGUCUGUCAGAGGUCAGAGUAAUCCAGCUAAUUCUGAAACAAGUGUUAUAGACCCUGUCUCAAACAAACAAAACAACACACACACAGAUACCACACCAAACCAAAGUAGUAGGUUCCUUGUUUUUAAGUUUUUGAGAUAUCCUUGCUCUUUGACCCAGGCUAGACUUGAACUCACCAUUGUCUUCUGCUUCCUUAGUGCUGGGAUCAUGGGCUGGAGCACCAUCCAGCCUUCAGAGUGGCAACUUUUAAGGGCCAAAUGAAGAACCCUACUGGGCACUGUUUUAAGGUAGCUGAAUUUCUGAUUUAGAGAGUUAGCCUCUGGGAUCAAGACUGAUGAUGUGUU